AUGCGUCUACCGACUGUCUUCUUGCUCGCCUUGUUCACCGCGGUGUUUGCCCUUCCUCCAGCACAGAAGCCUGUCGUGAUCUCAUUUCCUGAUGACACGCCCUCCUCCAUUAUCGACAUGGCCAUUGCGGAGAUCAAGAAGGAUGGCGGCAUCGUUACCCACGAGUAUUCGCUGAUCAAAGGUUUUGCCGCCAAAGUCUCGGAAGUGACGCUGAACAAGAUUAGUGCAAUGGCAGAAGCAUACGCGCCAUAUAUUGAGGAUGACUACGUGGUCAAGAUUGAUGGUUCUACCGACUCCCCUCAAUGA